UUUAUAUUUAGCUUGUGCACUGUUGUAUUGUUGAUAUUGUCUCUAAAUCUCUAGAUAUCACUGAAGAUGGAAAUGAAAAGUCAUAAUGUUGGUCUCGUGCGCACUUGAGUCAGCUGAUCCGCGGCAGUGCGCAUGCGCAGGAGUUUAAACACAAGAGUUUAAAUCACGAAAUCACGAUAGAAUACACAUUGCACAGAAAUAUUGUAUAAUAUUAAAGAAACAGAGCUGCGGGUGGAUGCAGUUUAUCGAUCGUUUAAUUCUCUGCUCUUUUAUACUGGAGUCUGUGUGCGCGCCCCCGCGCCCGCGCUCGUGCCCGCGGCUGUAUUAUUGUCAUCUCGGUUUGUUUCGUUUCUAACGGAUUCGGUUCGGUUCAGGUUCUGUUCACACGAUGUCUCUGGUGGAUUUGGGGAAGAAGCUUCUGGAAGCCGCUCGGGCCGGUCAGGAUGACGAGGUCCGAAUUCUGAUGGCGAAUGGAGCUCCGUUCACCACUGACUGGCUGGGCACGUCUCCGCUGCAUCUGUCGGCUCAGUUCGGUCAUUACUCCACCACAGAGGUGCUUCUGCGCGCCGGCGUCAGUCGAGACGCUCGCACUAAAGUGGACCGGACACCGCUGCACAUGGCUGCGUCCGAGGGUCACACACGCAUCGUGGAGCUGCUGCUGAAGCACGGCGCUGACGUGAACGCCAAGGACAUGCUGAAGAUGAGCGCGCUGCACUGGGCCGUGGAGCACAGCCACAGAGACGUGGUGGAGCUGCUGCUGCGCUUCGGAGCCGACGUUCACGCGCAGAGCAAGUUCUGCAAAAACGCGCUGGACAUCGCGCUGGACAACAGCAGCCACGAGCUGGCCGAGAUCCUGCAGGUGGCGAUGCAGAACCAGAUCAACACAAACCCAGAGAGUCCAGACACACUGACCAUCCACACAGCCGCGCCGCAGUUCAUCAUCGGCCCGGGAGGAGUGGUCAACCUCGCCGGACUCGUGUCGCCCGCCAACAGCAGCAAAUCCACAGUCGUGGCCGCAGAGGAGCUGAUCACCGCAGACUCCGUCGACGGGGCCAUACAGCAGGUCGUGAGCUCUGGAGGUCAGCAGGUCAUCACCAUAGUAACAGACGGCAUUCAGCUGGGCAACCUGCAGACGGGCACAGGACUCAGCCAGCCCAUAAUAGUCACCAUGCCUGACGGGCAGCAGGUGCUGACGGUGUCGGACACAGAGGUGGCAGAGGAGACGGUGAUCAGCGAGGAGCCGUGUGUUAAGCGUCAGCGUGUGAAGGAAGAAGACGACGAUCAGAUGACCGAAACACAAGACGCUCAGAUCCAGCAGACGCUCUCGCUGGAGGACUUCCAGGAGAAAGUGGCUCUUCUGAAACAGCUGGAGGAGGCGAACCGCGAGGCGCAGAGAUACAGACAGCAGUUCCUGAAGAAGGAGCAGGAGGCGGAGGCGUACAGACAGAAGCUGGAGGCCAUCACACGGCAGAGCGCCAAGAAAGCUGCGUGAAAACACGCCGGACAUCAGCGCCGUCAGCUUCUGUGACUGGAUCGUUAUCAUUCAUCUCCUUCAGUUCUCCGCUGUGGUGCUCAUGUGGCCGACACGGGUUCGAUUCUGACCCACAUCCCAGCACCCUCCACCAGCCUCUGAAUAAAGAGACAAAAGCCCCUCAAAACCUGAACGAGGACGUUUAACUGUGUAGUAAUGUCAGAUUUCAUGAUGCACAGUAAAAAAUCUAAAGUUCAGAAAACUUAAAAGUUUAAGGAAACCAGCUUCAGGAAGGUUUUGAGUUUUCUCAACUUGAGUUUAUACAACAGAAAGUUGAGAAAACUUGAUUUUUUAGAGUGUGUGUUUGAUCGAAUCCUCCAUCAUCAGACUCUGUAAGACUCGUUCUCCUCACUGAUAAUCAGCAUGUCUAUACUUUCCUCCUGCUCACUGUUUGUGAUGCAUUUUCUGUCAUAAAGAUCUUAUUUUUAAAA